AUGGAAAGCAGCAGCAGCGCCUUACGGCGAAAAGAUACGACGAAGGGUCCUCCCCUUCGUAUUCUAUCUCUAGAUGGAGGUGGAGUGCGGGGUUAUGCAAUCUUCAUUAUCAUUCAGGAACUGAUGCACCGACUCUAUGUCGAGACGGAAGGAAAGGCACCUAAAAGAGACCAGAUUCCGAAACCUGCAGACCAUUUCGACCUCAUUGUCGGGACCGGAACGGGUGGCUUGAUUGCGAUUAUGCUGGGUCGGCUACGAUUGGAUUUGGAAACGUGCAAAGAAGUUUACGUGCGGAUGACGAGGAAAGUCUUUGAGACGGACAAGACAAUCGCAGGAAUCCCAUACCGGUCGACAUUGUUCAAGGCGUCGAAGUUAGAAGAAGCGAUAAGGGAAUGCGUGAGGGAACAUACUGUCUUCGAGGACGAAGGAAAUGAUGGCGACGAGCCUGAAGGAAUCGGAAACAUGAUGAGCCCAGUCAGUCCUCUAUCUAGGAAUGUUCCAAAGAGGCAUGCGAGCAAUGCUAGUGUGGCGAGCUUCAGCAAUAGAAGUCCUGCAGCCUACCAGACACGACCUAUGAUGGGUUUGAGAUACGGUAACGGAGAGGCUUUGUUGUACGACAAUCGGGAAAACAGAACAAAGACCGCUGUCACAGCUACCUACCAAGGAACACCACAAGGCGGCGCUGCAGCGGUUUUACGAUCAUAUGAUUCACGAAAAGAGCCUUCUCCAGAAUUCGACUGCAAGAUAUGGCAAGCAGGGAGAGCGACAUGCGCUACCGGAUUAGCCUUCAAGCCGAUUACAGUGGGACAGUCAGUGUUCCACGACGAAGGUGCCGGACAAUAUAAUCCAGCUCCAAUCGCCCUGGACGAAGCAUGUGUCAAUGAGUGGCCUGCCCGCGAUGUUGGAGUAUUUGUCAGCAUUGGAACAGGAAAGCGACCUGGCGGAUCCGAGCAGAAUUCACAUCUGUGGUAUGAAGGAUUUAUGGGCGAAUUUGCGGAGGCUAGAAGACGAUUGAUAUCCAAAAUUGAGGGCUGCGAGGAGACACAUCAAUACAUGGUUCGAGAAGGUCUAGCCAAGAGAGGAGUUAAUAUCGAGAACUACUAUCGCUUCAAUGUCGAGAUUGGUGUUGGAGAAUUCGGCAUGAACGAGUGGAAUCGAUUGGCAGACAUCAGCACAGGCACAAAACGAUACCUCAGCAAAAAGGAGGUUCAAGACAAGAACUGGGAAGCAGCAGCCAAGCUUGCCAAGAUCCACCGAGCCAGGAUGAGAUUCGAGGCCGAAAGAACAGGCGGCGACUACAAAGGUCUCGUCCAUCAAGGACACCUCCAAGACGUCCCAGAAGCAUAUCCCAACGCCGUCGAACUCCCAGCCGAUAUCCCGCUUUCCCAACCACCACGAAGUCCACCUCCCCGACCCUCCUACGAAUCCGGCCAUCACGACACCCUCGAAGUCCCCCGCAACCACAAAACCCCCUCACCUCGCACCUCCUCCGAAAACCAAACCUACACUUCACCCCGAAACUCUGGAACCAAAGUCUCGGACCCGAACGCAGACCGUUUCGUCAUCCAAGCUCCUACACCGGCCGAAUACCGUUCCAACAGCGGAGGCGACAAGAUAGCUAUCAUGAGCUCAGAUGAGUAUCCACGGACACACGAACCGAUCAAAAGACCAACGAACAGAGUUGAACCUCCUCCCUUGCCCCCAAAGACACCGAUCAAUGAUCCUGGCUCCGGGCCAACGAUGGGAAGAGCGAGACCGGUGUUGCCGUAUCCUGAUGAUGGACCGCCGCCGGUGGUUAAUAUGGCUAGGAAGCCGGAUUAUAGGGGGAGGUGA